AUGAAACUGAAGACUCUUGAGGGUCACCUCGGCAGCAUCUCUGGUUUUUCUAAACCUAAAAUACAGUUGGAACAAUAUGAGACUCCGGCACAUAUUGCAGCUGUUGCUCUUUAUACUAUCCAGACUCAAUAUUCUUCAAUAGAAGACAAGCUGGUAUUGGAUGCAGGUUGUGGACCUGGGAUGCUCUCAGUAGGUGCAGCCCUCCUCGGAGCAGGGACUGUUGUUGGUGUUGAUAUUGACGACAAUGCUAUAGAAGUGUUGAAAGAUAAUAUUGAAGAUAUAGAACUCACUAAUGUUGAUGCUGUUCUAUGUGACUUUUUAAGUCCUAAUUUAUUAAAGUGGAACAAUUAUUUUGAUACCGUUCUCAUGAAUCCACCUUUUGGAACGAAAAAUAAUGUUGGGAUGGAUAUGAAAUUUCUCAGAAUGGGACUAGAUCUUACAAGUGAUAGCGUUUUCUCAUUACACAAAAGCUCAACAAGGUCACACAUACAAAAGAAAGUCAAGGAAUGGAAUGCUAAGGGUACCGUAAUUGCUGAACUCAAAUACAACCUUCCGGCCACAUACAAGUUUCACAAACAACAAACAAGGGAUAUUGCUGUAGAUUUAUGGAGAAUACAUCAUUAG